CCAGACUGCAUGUGUGAGUUGGUGGCUUUCCGCACCUUUGGGAUAUUAUAGGUAGUAGCGAAGCACUUGCAUGCGAAGUGGCAUACUUCGCCUCACCGGUCGGGCUUAUUUCAAUGACGCUUGAUCAACUCCACUGCACGACACAUCGCAAAAGUCUCAGAUCAAGGCUAUCUUGUUAUGGCUGAACUACCUCUUGCCAUCCUCGGCGUGGCUCUGGCGUGGAAGGGUAUCAUAGAUUUCGGUAAACUGAUCAACGAUAUCACCGAAGAUCACAUCCGGGAAAAAGAUUUCCUGGCUAUCCAGCUCCAAACCUCGGAGCUAAUGCUCGGAGACUGGGGUGCUUUCUGGGGACCCGAUACCGACCGAUUCCAGACUUUAGAACCAGCCAGAAAAGAGACAAUUAUUCGAAUCAUUUUCAUAUUACAUGGCUCGCGCGAAAAGGCAAUGGAACGUCUGAGGAAACAGUACCACGACUUUACCGACGAAUCAGAUGAAGAAUCAGAUGAAGAAGCAGAUCAGCCCAAGAGUCGCUUUUCAAGAAUGGUGGGCAGACUAGCGCAUACCACGAAGAGCCAACAGACCAACUCGACCCUUGAAGGAAAGGAGAAUGUAGAUCGGCCCUAUAAUCGUCUCUCUAGAAUGGUGGACAAGUUUGUGGAUGCUACGAGAAGAAGCAAGAACAAGGCCCAAUGGCUAAUGGGCGAUCGCGAUCUCUACAAUCAGCUCGUAAAAGAAACAAUGGAGUCACACAAACUUCUCAAAUAUCUGACGAGCGCGUCUGAGAGAUUCCUCGCCUCUAAUUGUACAGUCUUAAAAGAUACUCAACCAGUAGGCUCUGUACUCUCGAGCGUAGAAAGACAGAUCCAACAGCACGCCCCAUACCGUAGCAGAGCAUCAAGUGUAGCUAGUGCGUCGCCUACUUUGGAGAAGGAACAAUCCUUGGAUGAUAGAACACUGGCCGUUUAUGCUUCAAGAACGAUAUCCUCGAGCAAACAAACAGACAUGGUUGUAAAGCGCAUCGAGUACUCUGUCCACGCUCAUGGAGACACACGUAUUGCAGAGUCUAUCGCUUUAUGGUGGAACGAUGCGCACGGAGAUGUUCUGCUUCUUGAAACCUCGGAUGAACCAGACGAUACAACGGCCACAUCCGCGGGUGUACUGCUCUACUACUUGGUAGAUUGCCACAAACUCAUAUUCAUCUUCGAAUCGGACUCUGAAGACUCAACGGCUAAGCGAUUCUUGGAUAUGCUACGGGCUCUCAUUCAGAGUUUGGUGUCUAUACGAGGGAAUCAACCACUUGAUGGACCGACCUUGCCGAUGAACAUGAUGGAGAUGGAAAACAAUACUAUCGAACCCACAGAGAUGCAGCAGCUAGUUGAUUGCUUCCACUCUCUUCUUCGAAGUUUUGUUAGAAACUGUGACAGACAAGUUCUAUUGAUCGUUGACGGACUAGAGCAUAGUGGCUUAUGGGAAGGUAAUGGCUUUACGCAGCUGGUUCGCGCGUUUGUGAGGGGACUUCAGGAUAUAUGCGAUAUGACAUUCGAUGAGCCAGGACCACGGCUCAAAGCACUGCUUACCCAUAAAGGCCAUGCAAUGGAUCUGUACGAUUGUGUCAGAGAGAUGAACGUUGCCGAUCUCACAGAUCACGCUGCACGCGUAACGUCCAUUAGAGAAGACCUUGUUGACACUCUUCACGGAUAGCUAGUGGCGCCAGUUGGAUGAAUCACAUCACACGAAGACUUUUGAUGUAACAAGUGGUUGCUUCAUACCAGUUUCGUGUCUUUUUACA